AUUGUAGAGUGAGUUUAGAUAUAGUGAUGAAUCAUAUUUUGUGGAACUAGAUUGUAAAUUCAGAAUUCAUCGUAAAGUCCUUUUUUUGUGUUUUCCCCCAGAAUUCUCAACUUAAUUCCAGAGACAAUAUACCAUUCAAUCUCUUUUGAGUAUCUGGAAUAAGUGUCCAGCGAAUAUGGCAAUGCAAAGGCAACUCCAAUGCUUCUUUUUUUUCGGAGCAGUAUUUGUCACAUUCUUCAUAAUUUUCUUGAAUGAUUUGAGAUCUGGGACUUUUUACCCACACACGGCUUCAACACAAGAUUUCACACACCUCAAACUACGUCAAGCACAUCGUAGACGUAUGAUAAGAGAGCUUUGCUCAGCCAAUAGCAGCCUGAAUUUUGCAGAGAAAUUAAUCCCAUUUGACCAAAUUCCAAACAAAGCCCUGGACCAUCUCAUUGUGGAUGAUCACCAUGGUGUUAUUUACUGUUUUGUACCGAAGGUAGCAUGUACCAACUGGAAACGAGUCAUGAUUGUGCUCAGCCAGAACCUGAAGGCACCUAAUGGAGCUCCAUAUCUGGAUCCUCUUGACAUACCAUCAGCAUUAUCCCACAAUGCUACUCUGCAUCUGACGUUUAACAAGCUUUGGAGGCGCUUUGGUCGUUUCUCACGUCCAUUGAUGCAUCACAAACUAAAGAAUUACACUAAGUUCCUUUUUGUACGGGAUCCUUUUGUACGCCUUAUUUCUGCUUUCCGGAACAAAUUUGCUGUGCCAAAUGAGGAGUUCUAUAGGCAGUAUGCCUCCACAAUGCUUCAGCGUUAUGCUAAUAUUUCAUCCCCCCCUGACUCUGCUCAAGAGGCCUUCGCCGCAGGUAUCAGACUGUCCUUUACUCACUUUAUUCAGUACCUGUUAGAUCCACAGACUGAGAAAGUAAAACCAUUCAAUGAACACUGGCAGCAGAUGUACAGACUCUGCCAUCCGUGCCAAAUUGACUAUGAUUUUGUUGGGAAGCUGGAAACUCUUGAUGAGGAUACAGAACAUUUGUUGAGGAUUCUUGGGCUGGAUAAAUAUAUUCACUUUCCACCAGGGAAUGAGAACAGGACAGCAGUAGACUGGGAGCGAGACUGGUUUGCAAGCAUUUCCGUAGCUGACAGGAAAAAGCUGUACAAUCUUUAUGAAACAGACUUUAAAUUAUUUGAAUACAAGAAACCUGAGACACUUCUGGACGAGUGACAAGGAUCGCUUUUUGUUCUUUCUGA